CAAAGCAAUUUUCAUUUACACGGGUGUUCGUGGAGCAAUUUGUCGAUCAGUGUUCGCUGAGUCCGCUGACCCUAAUAUUUGCCGAUUGCCGCACUUAUCUCAAUUCUCACCCUAAUACACAGCUGCUCGUCUGGUGGCUAACCUAAUCUCUCUCCUCCCACUUAUCUCACCCAAAAUGCCGCACGGCGGAUUUGGAAAACGCCGCCAAGUUGCCGGACGGAAACCCAAAAACAGUCAUCAGCCGAAGGGUGUUGGAGAGGUUACCAACAAACCCAAGGCCGCAUCUCUUAAAAACCAAGUUCGUUCCACUGAACGUUUGCUCCGCAAGGAUCUUCCACCUGAAGUCAGAGUAGCUCAAGAGAGGAAGCUAGAAGGGCUGAAGAAGCAGCAGGACCUUCACAAUCGGUUGGCUGUGGAGCGCAAAAUAUUUCUCCGAAACAGAAAGAUCAAAUUCUUUGAGAGGAGAAAGAUCGAAAGAAGACUGAGACGUUUGGAGAAGCACCUACGUUCGUCAUCUGGUCAAGCACAAGAGAAAGAGAAUUCUGAAGAACUUAGCCGUUUGAAAGAAGAUUUGGAAUAUGUUAGGUUUUUCCCUAAGACAGAAAAGUAUGUGUCUUUGUAUUGUGGAGAUGAUAAUGCCGACUUAGUGGAUAAGAGGAGUAGAUUACGAGUGCAGAUUAAAGCAAACCUGAUUGCUGCUGCAGCCAGUGGAAAGGACUUGGAAGAGACGGGUAGUGAGGAUGAUGGGUUAGCAGAUCUCGGCGAUGAUGAUUUUUUUGUGUCAGGGACCUCAAGUGAUGAGGCAGAUGCAGAUGAUGAACUGACAGAUAUAAGUGCAAGGGAACAAGCUUCUAGUGCUUCUGGUAAAGCUGCAUCUGGCUUAUCCAGUGAUGAGAGGAAUCAGAAGCAUAAGUCGACUCGAUCAAUAAUGCUGCCGCCUCUUCCUCAGAAAUCAUUAGCACGCAGGUAUUCUGGCACAUCCAGGAAGACGGUAAACCUUAUGGAUACUAGUUCUUAUAACAGAGGAUUCUCAAAUUCACAGACGGGCCAGAGUAGCAAUAUGAGUUCCAAUUCUGAUGCUCCCAAGCGGCGGAGAAAGCGUAGACCAAAGAAGAAAAAGCAAUACUAGUUAUUUUUGUUCUUGCUUCUACUUGAUUAAAAAUUCAAGCUUUUAUUUACUGAACAAGGAAUAUAAGUAUGUGUCAAAAUAUGUAUGGGUUGAAGGAAGCAAAUGCAGGUCUCACAUUAAUGAUUAAAUAGAUUCAGGUUGAUGUGCUUUUACUAAAAACAAGGGAAACUAUCUGUAUGAUAAAAAACUAAAAAGCAGUAAAAAGCUUAAAUGAACUGUAAGAUUGUAGUUCAGGUUUUCUCUGUGGCCUCAGUUUGAUAUCUCCAAAUCCUAGAUAUCACUAGAAUUUUACAGCCUGAUGUGAUUCUUUCUUUUGUCUGCUAUUAUAUUAUCCUCUUGUGAAAUGAACUAUAUUUCUUGAAAGUGUAUGUAUUUUGUUGAAUGAAA